CCUUUCCGAAACUUGAGCUGCUUUUAAUAGAAACAUAAAUUAAGAAAAUUAGAGUUUAUUUCAGAUAUUUUAUGAAAAAAAAGAAAACCGAAUGAUGAUGUAAAAUUUUUAUUGAGAAAUACUAAUGAAUUUAUCUUAAAUUUAUUUGUAAUAUCAUUUUUAAACGCACUGUUUACCAAGUUCUCUGGUAAAAUGAAUGUUAUAUGCUCUAUCUGCAGUGAUCCAUUAGUGCAAACAGAUGAUAUUUUUUAUACCCGAUGUGGACAUGUAUUUCAUUUGCAAUGUUUGAAUGCCUGGCUUGAGAGAUCAAAGAGUUGUCCACAAUGUAGAGAAAAAGUGACACAAAGCAAAAUACAUAGGCUCUAUUUCACAUUUGCAAAUAAUGAAAUUGUUGAGUCUCAGGCUUCCACGUUACAGGAUAAAAUAGAUGGUUUGAAAUUUCAAAUUUUGUUAAAAGAAAAAGAUAUCCAAUAUUAUACUUCAAAAAAUGUUACUUUGGAAAAACAAAAUGCUGGCUUAAGGCAAGAAGUUUAUAAAUUGGAAGCUGAAAUCAAUCAGAAGAAUUCAGCAAUACAUGCCUUAAAAGAGCAAAUAGAAUACUUUAAAAAACGAAGUUCAAAAUCUGAUAAUUUAAAAAAAGAAAUUACUCAAUUAAAAGAUAAACUUGAAGAUCUCAAACCACUACAAGCAUUAUUACAUGGUCCUCUUAGUGAUGUUAGUAGAAUGAUUGGAAAUGAUAAAGAUCCUGACACACUGAUUAAAUUUAUUUCUAUUAUGAAAAAGGAAUUAAUUGGAAGCUUUAACAACUGCAAACAAUUACGUAUGACUGUUAAAAGGCUUAGAGAAGAGCUGAGUCUAGUUAAUGCAAAAUUAAAUAGCUUGUUAGAAAAACAAUCAAAACAAACAGAUUUAGAAGAAGGGCCAACAUUUUCACAUAGUCAAAACAAAACUUUACAAAGUACAGAUAAUGAAUUAGAAGAAAUACACGAGAUUCAUGACAAAUCUAAUAAUGUAUCCGAGAUACAAGAAAUGGAGAAUGAUAUUUUUAAGCAACAACCAGUUGAAGUCAAGACAAAGAAAGACAAAAGUAAUAAAGAGUCAUUGGGGAAAAAUGUCAUACCUGUCAAACGAAAAAAGCACAAGACAUCUAUAUGCAGAAAUAAUGAUGAAGAUAAAAAUGAAUACAAGGUACAAGGUGGUAAAACAGAAACUGAUUCAAUUCAUUCAGAUACAGAUACAAAAUGGAAUUCCUCCAACGAUUCUCCAACGGUUUCUAAAAAAUACAGAAUGUCGGAUAAUAAUAUAAAUACUUCAGAUACAAGUAAUGUAUCGAGCAGUUCUGUGUCAAAAAAGAAAAAAAAACAUUCUACCAAGAUCAAAGUAUCUAACACUGAAGAUGAUGCCUGUUCUGUGAUUGAUCUAACUUAAAAAGUUUCUAUAUAUAUUCUCAAUUUUUCUGUCUUAUAAAUUCUCAGCUACUUAUUUUUAGAAAUACAUGUCGUAUUUUGUCAUUGUAA